CGAGAGUUUUGUCCAAGAUGGCGUCAACGCAGUUAACGGAUGAGGAGCUUUUCUCCGAAUUAAAGCGCUUUGGUUUCACUCCAGGCCCGGUAACCGAGAACACUCGUCCGGUAUAUUUGAAGAAAUUGAAGAAGCUUCGUGAAGAGCAACAGCAGCGGGGCUCCAGAGCGGGAAAAACCCGUAGCGGCGGGGCCAUCAACAGCAGCACUGGCGGCGGCAACACGGCGGGAUCCAGGCCAGCCAGCCAUGACGUCACGCACCUGAGCUCUAGCAGGAGACCGGGCCGGAAGUCCUCCGUCCUCGGCUUCAGCUCCGACGAGUCUGACGCUGAAACUCCAUUGAAAAGAAAGGGCCUCAAUCACAGUGGCAGGACGGAACGAAGCUCUAGUUUCCAACAACAAUCUAAGAUAAGACACAUUACAACAACGAGGGUGGCUAUCAAGAGUCCGUAUUGCGCUGCGAGGGCGCUGAACAGCAACAAUUCUUCCCCUGAUCCGGACGGACAGAGAAGUGUCUCGCUGGGUUGGGGAGUUAGUGCCAGAUCCAGCCCCGAGGCGGAAGGGAAGGAUUACGACGAAUCGGGGGACGAGGACGACUUUGAGGGGGAAACAGAGAAGAGGUCUCGCUCUUUAAAUGGUUGCGGGGCGUCUCACUUCAACGCUAGCAAGCUAGCCGGGGAUUACUCAGACUCUGACGAGGAGGAGGUUGGCGGCCUUGGUGCCGGAGACCGACAACGGGAUAGAUUUGAGCCGAGACAGAGCCACCCGAAAACGGCGGCGUUCCCUUCCUACGGAGUCGGCCGAGGGUCUCUGACGGGAGAGGCAGCCAGAGACGCAAACCAGCCUGAGAGUAUAAACAUGGUGGGAAGGAGGAGGGAGGAGGGCGAGGGAGACGAGAUAAAGAGAAGGGAAUCGGACUCAUCGGGAGGCUUGCGGAGCCACAACUUUCCCAAGAAGUCCAUCUACUUGUCCCUCGCCGAGAACCAUGGAGGAGAGGCCGGCAAAAACAACCACGUCGACGGGGAUCACGGAGCCUCCAGAAGCAGCAGCACCAGCAGGUUCAGCAUUGGGUUGAGACCGCGCUUCUCCAACUACAGCAGCUUGUCCCAGACCUACAGGGGCAACCACUCCAAUCACACCGCCCCCAACCACUCAUACAGCCAGGCAGUGCUGAAGCAGAAGCUGUCUGUCCCGGAGGAUGAGCUACUCCAGCAGUUCAAAAGGGAAGAGGUGGCCUCCUCUGGUAGCUUCAGCGCUCAUUACCUGUCCAUGUUCCUGCUCACGGCAGCAUGCCUCUUCUUUCUGCUGCUGGGCCUCAUGUACCUGAGGAUGAGGGGCUCUGGAUCCUCGGAGGUUGAUGGAGUCAUUAAGAUCCACCCUUUUGGCAGCGAGUUUGACUCUUCUUAUCUUUCCCUUUAGACCGGAGGAAUUCACCCCCCAACAGCCUGACUCCAUGUCUGAAGAUCAGAAACAUGUUUGACCCAGUCAUGGAGGUUGGGGAGAACUGGGAUCUAGCCAUUCAUGAAGCCAUCCUGGAGAAGUGCAAUGACAACGAUGGCAUUGUCCACAUCGCUGUUGACAAGAACUCACGAGAGGGCUGUGUCUAUGUGAAGUGUCUCUCUGCAGAGCACUCAGGGAAAGCCUUCAAGGCACUUCAUGGCUCCUGGUUUGAUGGUAAGCUGGUGACAGUGAAGUAUCUGCGUUUGGACCGAUACCACCAGCGCUUCCCACAGGCCCAGGGCUGCAGCACACCCCUCAAAGCCUCCAGCCUCCGCCUAAGCACCAUGAACACUACCCCCCGCAUGCAAGUGCGAGGCUCAGCCAACUGUUCAGGCUUCUCAUGAGAUCAGCAUUAGCAUUAGAUUUAGCAUUCUCCUCUGUGCCCUCCCAGAAUGACAGCACCAGUCUGCUGCUGCUCCUUCACUGCUUUAUAACAGGGAAGACUUCAGUCUGUCACCGGAGAGCUUUUUUUUUUCUUUUUCUUUUUCUUUUUUAACACAGGAUCUUUGCAAGAGAAGCUGUUCAGUGGUGCAGUUUGUUUUCUAUAAUCUUUGUAUUAGAAAUGUCAUUGAUUUAACAUGGAAGCAAAUUCUUCUGGAUUAUUUAAGGUGUGUGCAGAGACUCUAACCUCCUUCCUUUCUCUUCCAACUGAUGCUAUGAUGGAGUUAAUUUGGGCACUGUAUGGAAAUGGCUGCAUGUAUCAGAGUAUGCUUCUAUGUAAGCUUUCAAUACAACACAGUGUGGGUGUUAAUUUCCUGAAGAUUUUCAGUGUUGUUGUUGCUCUUCUUCUACUUCUUCUUCUUAUAAUUAUUGUUAUUAUUAUUAUUAUUAUUAUUAUUAUUAUUUAGUCAAGCGAGGAAGGCAUGAACAGACGUGUAGAGGGUAUGCUGUAAAUACAUGUGAAUGGUGGCACAAGCUUUUUUACAUUCUUUGUAUUAAAAGCAAACCAUAAGCUCACAUUUUUCUUGCUGCUCACUUACCACAGCAGAGUACAUCUGUAACCGGAGGCAGCCACUCCCUGAGACGCUGCAACAGCAGCAAUGCACACAGAACAGUUCAGCUGAUGAAACAUGGCGACAGGAUGUGUGUUGUUUGCUCCGUGUAAUCCAUGUAUGGCCUUUUCUUUCCCUUUGUCCUGGAUUUUGUUAUAGCAUCCCAAACUCUCAACUUUUGAGUGAUAUAACAGAAUCCAGGAGUGUACCUUUACAGUCAACUGAAUCUUCUCCAGAUAUAACCCAGUAUAUUCCCAAAUUAUUAUUAUUACUUAUUAUUUGUAUUAUUUACCUCUUUAAAGUUGGGUAAUUUUCGCUGUUGGCGUGUCCCCCUCAAUGAAUUGUAUUUCCAAACCUGUUCUGAACAAGUGGUGGGUGUUGUCAUCUCUCUGUGUACAUGACCAACAAACCAGAGAGGCACACAGACUUCAGGAUGUUUCAGGAGCUGUUUACAAUCUGUGCUCAUCUCUCUUUGGUGACACAAAUGUUUCAUGAUGGAACCUGACUCUCUCACUAUUGGUCUUUGAUCAUAUCAGCUUCUUGUAAUGAUGCUAACUCUGUUUGUUUGGUGUACUGUGGGAAAAUGAACAGUUUGUAAUACUUGGUUCCAAAUAUUCCAACCCCUGUAUUAAAUUUAGGGAUUCCUGAUUGCUUGUGUUUAGCACCUGUGUAUUUAGAAAAUCUCAAAAAUACAGGAGUUGCCAGACAUUAUUAUAUUUUAUUUUUUUAUGCAGUGAUUUGAAAGUUGGAUUCGGUAUUUGCAGUGUAAAAUUGUACAAAUGAUGCACAUUUCAAAUGUUCAAAAACCUGCUGCAAUGCGCAGCAGUAAACCCAACUGUGCCUUAAAUUUGUGCUUUUUAAGACUGGCACUGCAUUGCUGGAGAAUGUCCUGGAUUUGAAACAGUUUAAAGGGUGAGGAAGGCCUGCCACAGAUGUAGUUUUGGUAGGGUUUGACAUCUUCAAAUUUGGUAUUUUGUAGCGUUUUUUUUUUUUUUAUAUAUAUAUAUUAAACCAAAUGCAUCUCUCUAUUUAUUAUUGUUUUUUAAAAUCAGCCAUGGUGUACUAUUUUAAUGUCACUAGACCUGUUACAUUUGUGUCAUAACCUUUUUUCAUCAAUACACUGACCUUACAUCUGCUUCCAAACAAUUGUCAGGAUGUGUAAAACAACAAAAUAAAGUCAUACUUUCAGAAAUAAGCCAGUUGAUGCAUCACUGCAAUCUAUUUUUGUAUGUCUCCAGCAGUAUGGUGCACUAGCAGCGUCUUAGCCGACACUGACUGUAAUAAGCCUGCAUGUAAAUGUUGGUUUGAUGUGACAGCAGUUCUCCAGGCUUGUGCUCCACCUGUGGAUGCAUUCUUUUCCUCUGAUGUAUUUUAUGUAAACACUGUACAUUGAUAUAACUGUAAUAUGUACUAUUAUAUGCAGCUUUAUUUCCAUUGCGUUGUAUGUUUGGAGUUAUCAGUAUCCCUAACCUGCUAGCCAGAGGGGGUGUGGGGGGGGUGUACAGUACUACAGACAUUUAAAAAGAUACAGAUGUUUUAAUGUAAUUUGUCAAUUGUACAAACAUCUAAGAUUAAAGGUUUAUUAGGAAUUUUUAAA